AUGGAACGUGCCAUCAGGCUUUUUGUUAAUGGACACAUGCUUUUAGGAGACAUCAACACUGCUGGCAAUAGUCAGGGAAACAAGACCCCGCUGGAUGUCAAUCUAUCCACAGGCAACCAGAGCAGUGUCACCUUGGCAUUUUCAGAAGCCAAUUGGGGUGCGCACAUGAGGGCUUACAUGACAUCUAUC